AUGGCCUGUGAGGCUGGCCCAUGGGGCAAAUUUUGGAGUUCGCAUCCAGAGAUCGCCGAGUUCACCAGAUACAUUCAUGCCAUGAUCCAGGGCUGGCUCCUGAGAACUUACCCCUUUGGUAGAGUUCAUUUGUUGGAGUAUAAUUAUCUGUUUACCUACCCACCUUCACCCCUAGACCAUAAGUCUUUUGCUCGACCUCCUAAUACCGUCACUGUGGGAUUAGGCUCUCAAUAUAUGAACGGGGGCGGGGGAUUCAGUCCAUUUCCAAGGGAUCAUGGCUUGCCGACAUUGGCACGCCAGCCUGGGGUCUGUCACUAUGGAACUAAACUGGCCUGCUGCCUUGGCUGGAGAAGGAAUGGCAAGGGAGUCUGCGAAGCUACGUGCGAACCUAGAUGCAAGUUUGGUGAGUGUGUCGGACCCAACGAGUGUAGGUGCUUUCCAGGAUACACCGGGAAAACCUGCAGUCAAGAUGUGAAUGAGUGCGGAGUAACACCCCGGCCGUGUCAGCACAGGUGUGUGAAUACGCAUGGCAGCUACAAGUGCUUUUGUCUCAGCGGCCACAUGCUCCUGCCAGAUGCCACGUGCGCCACCUCCAGGACGUGUGCCAUGACAAGCUGCCAGUACGGCUGGGAGGACACAGCGGAAGGGCCGCGGUGUCUGUGUCCAUCCUCAGGACUUCGCCUGGCCCCAAACGGAAGAGUCUGUCUAGACAUCGAUGAAUGUACCUCUGGUAAACCCAUCUGCCCCUACAAUCGAAGAUGUGUGAACACUUUUGGAAGCUACUACUGCAAAUGCCACAUCGGUUUCGAACUGAAAUACCUCCAUGGCCGAUACGCCUGCGUAGAUAUAAAUGAAUGCUCUGUGGAUCCACAUACAUGCAGCCUCCAAGCCAACUGCCUCAAUACCCAAGGAUCCUUCAAGUGUAAAUGCAAGCAGGGCUAUAAAGGCAAUGGACUUCAGUGUUCUGUCAUUCCUGAAAAUUCUGUGAAGGAGAUCCUCAGAGCGCCUGGUACCAUCAAGGAUAGAAUCAAGAAGUUGCUUGCUCACAAGAACAUCUUGAAAAAGAAAGCCAAAACUAAAAACGUGAUUCUAGAACCCACUGGGAUUCCCACCUCUCAAGUGAACUUGCGACCCUUCCACUACGAAGAAGGUGUUCCCCAUGGCAGGAACUCUAAGGGAGACAAAAAAGACAGUAAGGAGAGAAUGAAAGAGAGGCCUGGGGAAGAGGAGAGGGCAGAGAAAGGCCUGGAGAAUGACGUGGAGCGGGAGCAAAGUCUCCGAGGAGAUGUGUUUUCCCCCAAGGUGAAUGAAGCAGAUGAAUUGGGUCUGGUUCUGGUCCAAAGGAAAGCACUAACAUCCAAACUGGAACCCAAAGCAACUUUAAACAUCUCAGUUGACUGCAGCUUUGACCAUGGGGUCUGUGACUGGAAACAGGAUGGAGAGGAUGAUUUCGACUGGAAUCUUACUGAUCGAGAUAACGCUCUUGGCUAUUAUCUGGCAGUUCCAGCCUUGGCAGGGCACAAGAAGGACAUUGGCCGGUUGAAACUGCUCCUCCCUGACCUGCAGCCGCAAAGCAACUUCUGUUUGCUCUUUGAUUACCGGCUGGCCGGUGACAAAGUAGGGAAACUUCGAGUGUUUGUGAAAAACAGUAACAGUGCCCUGGCAUGGGAAGAGACCAGGAGUGAGGACGACAGAUGGAAGACAGGGAAGAUUCCAUUGUAUCAAGGGAUUGAUACUGCCAAAAGUAUCAUUUUUGAAGCAGAACGUGGCAAGGGCAAAACUGGCGAAAUUGCAGUGGACUGUGUCUGGCUCGUUUCGGGCUUCUGUCCAGAUGGCCUUUUCUCUGCGGACCAGUGAAUGUCUCUACUACCUUUUGUAUCUUUAUCUUUGGCUUCUUAUGUCAGGUCUCUAUUUUUUUAUAUUACAUUGUAGGAACCCCUCCCCCCCAUUUUAGAACUAUAAACUGGAAAAUUGUAAUGUACCCAGAGAAAUAUUGUAAGACACCCUUCUUGUAAAAAAAAAAAUGUGCCAAUAUUUGCUUUCAAUAUAAUGCUACACUAUCUUCUCAUUCAUUUGUGAACUAUUCUACAUUAUAUUAUAGAAUGGGGGAAUGCCAGUUCUUCUCCCCCUCCCCAGUAUUUCUUAUUGGUCUACCUGAGUUGAUUAACGUCUCUAUACAACAGUUCUAGAAUAAUAACAACACCAACCACAAAUGCAGAGAAAUGUUAAAUUGUCUGACUUUUAUAGCACUUCUUGAAAACCCUGUCAUCAAAGAUACUUUUUCUGCCUAAGUGGCUUAGCCUGGUGUUCCAUAGCCCAUGUAGUCUAUUUCAAUUCUUUUGUAAUAAUAGUUAUGCAAAUAAUCACCUUGUGUCAUGGUUUACAUUGAUCUAAGUAAGGAUGUUUGAUAUUGAUUCUGU